AUGAAGUCAUCACCUUUCCAGAAUCGAUUGAUUCAAAUGCCGAAGAGAUUUGUCAUCAAUCUUUCAAUCGGAUUGCUCGUUGUAUUCGGAUUACUUUUCGCCUAUAAAAGCUCGUCAAGUUUCACUGGGAUUCAACAAAAUGAUCCUGCUAAGCUUGGAUUCUUAUUUCAGACAGAUAAACAGAAUACAACACGAGAAAUCUCAUUUCUCACAUAUGAGAAGCGCUUCUGUCCGAGUGUUCAACAAUGUGAGCUACUGAAACCACUAUGGAAUGGGCCGAGUAGACAAGUGAUGGUCCCAAAGUACGGCCUCACCACGUGCAUUAUCCCCAAGAAUUUCUCCACCGUUUUCACUUCGAUUCUUUGCUAUAUCUUUGACGCAAUCGCCUACAAAAAGGAAGUAAAAGACAUGAUGAAAGACACGUUUUUUGUUAGACGUUGCCAAAAGUACAACGAGAUUUUUACAUGGACGGCUAGGAAGAAUUUUCAAUCAGCAAGGGGUGGAAAAUGGAGAAAUUAUAUGAUCAUCCGGGAGCCGGUGGAGCGCUUCAUUUCGGGUUUUGUCGACAAAUGUAUCUUAGCAAAAACCCACCCAGAAGCUCAUUUCAACACGAGGGUCGACCCGUGUUAUGGAUGUGAAGAGAAUAUGACAUGUUUCAUUCAAAAUCAAUACGAAAGUCUGCAAGCGAUCUCAAACGGGAAAAAGGAUGUUCAUCAAGUCGAGAAUGCGCAUUUCUCCCCGCAAACUUGGCAUUGUCAAAUGAAAGAGCACUUCACCGACUACCAUUUCAUCAAGUACACUCCAUCAAAAAUCGCCGUAUUUCUCGACGAGCUCUUGGCGGAAUUCGAAUUCUUUGGCGUUCCAAAAAAUGUUACUGAUGAUAUCAGGGAACAGGUGGUUGGCCGUGCGACGUUUCACGCGACUUCUGGAACAAAUUAUCCAAAAAGAUACCGAAAUGAAAUCGAGAAUAGCCAAUAUUUGAAAGAGAUGCUCAUCAAGAUGUAUUAUUACGAUUUUUUGUAUUUAGAUUUCGAGUUACCGCUGUUA